AUUGUUGUUGUCAUUUAUUUUAAACAAAAUUGAUAGGGCGCGUUGAUAACUCGCAGCGCUAAGCGCAAUCAGAGAAUAUGAACGUGCUGCGACAGCAGAGCGACUUGAUUACUGAUCGUAAACAUAGCAAGGCCGCAAAAGUCGGAACGCGCACUGCUCGUACAGUUGACUGUGACACGAGAAGCCAUAAGGUUGUAAGAAGCAGCCGGAAAACGCGCACCCACAACGCGAUACGGCAAUUACACAAUACUGUGCUACUUACGGAACUUUUAUUCGCAUUCGAUAAUUUAGCAAGUGCAUAGCCUAGUUAAAAUGAGCGCCAGUCUCAGUGUUUUCUUGCUGUUGCACCUAAUUCUGCUAUUGCUCAGCUUCGCCGACGCAGCGCGCAGCAUGAAUCGCCAGCAGUUGAAGACGAUCGAACGUUAUAUGGAUCCGAGCGCGGACCCCUGCGAUGACUACUAUCAGUAUGCGUGUGGUAAUUGGCAGCAUGUGCACCGCGAUGCUGAGUAUUACGAAACAAUCGGUCUCAUCGACUACAAAGUAGAUCAGGAAUAUGCCCUAUUAUUGAAUAGUAUACGUCGGCGUCGGCGUUUGCGGCAGGAACACGCGUUUGUACGUAAACUGCUCGACUACUACAAGUCCUGUCUAACAGUGUACGAUUACAUGCCACAGUUGUAUCUAGAUUGGUUGCAGGAGCACGAACAUUUGGUAUGGCCGACAGUUUUACCUAGUCAUUCCGCGAAACGACGGGGGAAAAUGGUGCGCUACGAUUGGCUGCAUAUGUUGGCCGUGCUACGGAAAUAUGGAAUGAACUCAGUUUUCAUCGAGGAGACGGUUAUACAGCGACGAGACUAUGCACGCGCCUCCGCCAUUGAUUUGGACAAACCAGUGCUAAAUGGUGGGUUUCAGCCAAUGCCAUAUAAGGGCUUCCUAUUGAUCAUGGAAUAUUUGGGUGUGACGAAUGAGGAACGGAAGAGCAAACUAUGGGAUGAAUUGCAUGAGUUCGAAACGAAGCUAAAGAGUUUAGAUUUUGUGGAGGACACAACGGAAGAGGGACAGGAGAGCGCGGCAGCACAGCGCGAAACUACCUUAGCAGAGCUGAAUAUGCCAUUUUUGACGCGCUACUUGGAUAUCUUGCUAGAGAAGCCGGUGGAUCCUUACAUGAAACUGACCAUACAAAAUCUGCCAUAUAUGCGCCUACUUCUUACCGUAUUGGACGAGCAUGAACCCGAGUUCAUAUGCCGCUAUUUGAUGCUGCGCUUUCUCUGGUAUCUAAAUAUCGACGGGCCGCGCAACUUUCUUAAAGGUGAUUGCGUCUCACAUACACGCAGUAUGAUGCCGCUGGCUAUGACCUGGCUGUACGAACGCCACAAUCCGGAGCUCAUUGAUGAAAAGUCACACAUUGAAGCGCUUUUUCAAAAAUUAUUGCAACAUUUUACACAAACACUACACAGCAAUGCCAAUCAAUUCGAUGGUCACAUCUUACGUUUCUUGCAAGACAAAAUUGACACGAUGCGCAUUAAAGUCGGCAACCUCCCACGCCCUGCCACUAGUCGGUUAGUGGAGGAGUUCUACGCUGAAUUGCAAAUUGAGGCAAAAGAUUUUUAUGGUAAUCACUUGCGCUUACUGCAACACUUCACCCGCGCCAAACAUAACCGCUUAAAUGAGUUACUAGCACAGGACGACUCAUUCUUUCACCUCGAGGAUCCCGAAACUGGCGCUAGCUCUUCACCAUACUAUCUGCUGCGCUCAAAUAUAGUUAUUGUACCGUUAACGCUGCUGCACACGCCUAUCUAUCAUCCACAAAUGCACGAGAUCUUCAAAUACAGUUCGUUGGGCUUCCUUUUGUCGCACGAGAUCACCCACGGCUUCGAUGACAGCGGCGUCGAGUUCGACAAGCGCGGCAAUAUGCGUGGCCCCUCCGAUCGCAUCAAAUCGAAUCACAGGUUCGAUUCCAAUUUGAGUUGUUUGCGUUUACGAAAUCCACAAAUUGUCGAUGAAAAAAUAGCCGAUGUCAGUGGGCUGCGUUGGGCGUACGAGGCGUACUUUCAGAGCAAUCAAAGCAAUCCGAACGCUAAUGUGCGCCCACUGCAUUUCACCAGCCUAUCACCGGAGCAUGUUUUCUUUCUGAACUUCGCACAGUUCUUUUGUGGCUCUCCCGUUACCAGUACACGGGACCUAGAGUUUAGUGAGCAUGGCUCGGAUAAAGAGCGUGUCCUAGAUGCGCUAGCGAACUUUGCCGAGUUCGGACGCGUGUACGACUGCCAGAUAGGUAGUCGCAUGCAUCCACCGCGAAAAUGCCAACUUUGGAGGUAGCAAAGGCAUGAAGAGAUGAACUCAACAAAUUACUAUGUACGCUUGUGUGUAUUAAAACUUAAUUAUUGUAUAUACCAAAAGUUGUGUUAGUUACUAUUGAAGUUAGUAAAACUAAAAUUAAGGUGUAAAUAGCAAAUGUUUAUAAAAUACUAAUAUAUAAUAUAAAUAUAAUUAAAAUUUAAAUUAAGUAAUUUAGAGCCAACGUAACCCAUCGUAAUUAUAUGUGCGUGUGUGAUGUUCAUCAUGUCAUUGCAAAAUGAUCAUAUACAGUUAUAUAUUGAAAUUAUACGAAUAAGCAAUUACAACUAUGCGCUAUAAAUAAAACAAAAGCUUUGUUUAAUCAAAUAAUAUAA